AUGGCGCCUCCAAGCAGUCUACGGAGUGUUCGCAGUACGCGGGUUCGCGCGCUCAGCGAUGCUUUCCCUCCGUCGAGCAUGCCGAGUCUCCCGACCCCCACCACUCCCUCGUAUUCUCAUGUCUCCAGUUACCGUUCUCUGCAAAUGGAGCUUUUGGUCUACUCGCCGAGUGUAAAGGUGGUCUCGAGUCCCUGGAGCACCAACCACACUCUUCCGGUCUUUGGUGAUCACGACGUCGUUGGGGGGAAAGUCAUUUUGGACCCCAGCUGCCAGUCUGGACGGCUAAUAUUGACGAUCGAAGGCGCGUUCACGUACAACUCGACAGAGAAAACGGAAAACAAUACUCCAUCUUAUGAGUCGUGCCCUGAGAAGAAACGACAUGUCUUUUUCUCUUCCUCAAAAGUCAUCCAAAUCUCUUCGUCUGACAAUUCGCCGCGUUCUGCGUUCCGUGAUGUCUUCGUCCUGAAACGAAGGCCAAGUGGGUCCAGUAUCAAAUCGAUGGUACUUGAGCCACGCGUUCAUGGGUUCUCGUUCGAUCUUCCACGGAGUCAACGAUCAGGGGAAGAGAUGCCGCCCACCUUUUCCUACUCGGAUCCUAAAAGUGCGCCAUUCGAGGUUGUCUAUAAACUUUCCGCUCUUUGGGAGUCAUCGGACAUCACCGAAAACCCUUCAUUUCUCGAUGUCCCAAUUAUCAUGCAUCAAGACACCGACUUCCACUCGGUUGAUGUCAAGCCUGACAACUCGACCUCUUGGUUAGAGAUGCCGCUCAAAUCUGAUAGGCCCACCACUUUCCGUUGUGCUGUUACAUUACCGACGUCUGUCACUUUCUCUCGCGCUGCCUCUAUUCCAUUCUUUGUCGUUUUCACCACGACGCCACGAUCUUCGCCACUUGCUCGCGAAAUUGCCGCCGACGCGACCAUUUCUAUCACCGUCUUCUCUCAAAUAACCAUCACAGAGCCUGCAGUGUUGCCCAUCACUCCGCCACAGACCCCACAAAGCGAAGAGUCGUCCUCAGACUCCUCCUCGUUCCAUCAAGGCUCCAGAUUGCUUCGUCGAGUCCGCUCCCGCCAAUCACCAUGGUCAGCUCGCUCUACGGAAGAUAGUGAAAAGGACAAACCACUCCCGCGCCUCCCAACCCAAACCGCCUUCACCACUACUCAGACGAUCUAUAACGGCAUUUCCAUUGGGUUCCCCAAACGCCCACGACAUCAACAUGGGCCUGAAAAGCACCCGUCACUGCACGCCCAUCAGGCACUCCCUGACGGCUUAUAUAAGUCCAAAAUUCCACUUGAUCGUGAAAUGCUCCCCAGCAUAGACUGGGCAAGCGUUUCCGUCAAGUAUUAUAUGGACGUUUCUGUUCUCUUCGGCCAGGAGGAACUACGCGGGCGCGUCCCUCUGCGGAUAAUCUAA